AUUUCACCCCAAAAUCUAAAGAAAGAAAAACAAGAAGUUAUAUUUUGCUUAAAGAAAAUUAAGACACAUUAAGCACAUUUGUCUCCAUAAAUAUAUAUAUAUAUCAUUCUUUAAAAAAUGCCACUGUUAAAAUGGCAGCUUAAUCAUUUUAGAUCUUUUUCCACAUUUAAUGUAAUAUUGAAACCAUAAUUCUUGUAAGAAAUAAAGUGUUUUUCAUGUUAAUAUAUUACAUAAAUUGCACAAUUUUGCCUGGGGCAAAGUAAGUUUUGAUCAUGAUUUAAAGCAUCAACCUGACGCCUGAUUCCUUGGUGAGCGUAGACUUAGGUUAUUCUCUCUCGGGACUGAAGGGUUCUGAGCGCAUUAGAGAGGCUAGAAACAAACAACACAGAGUAACAAUGAACAGAUGCAGAGGUUUAGUUAACGGCGCUAUAAAAUCACCUGCUCCUGUGGGGGCAUUCUCAGUUUAUUAAGUUAAUGUGAAUACUUGUCAUUUACAAUCAUAUUAUAAUUAUUUGUAAAGAGGCAAAAAUGAUUCCAAGGAUCUUUGACUCACAAUCAGAAAUGAAAAGCAACAGUAAAUGCAUUUAUACUCGUCAGGUUAAUUAAACGUGUGGCAGCUGCUCCUGGUCUCCAGGGUCUGAUCUCUGCUGCAGGCGGUGGGUCGUAAACACUGUGUCUCUCUCGGCCUUCCUGAUCUCAGUGGAUAAAAUGACGGGUACAGAGGAGAACAAACAAUUGUGCUGGAGUGCUUCGCAACAGAGCUGUUUUCUUUUCUUUAUAGUGGAAUACUGUGGAAAACGUAUUUUUCAUCUAGGGGCUCAAUUAAUAUUCGGCUUUUAGAUCUUUCACUUCUCAAACUAAGCAGUGAUGCUCAGUAGUUCUGCAGCUCAGUAUUCAAUGCUGUAGAUUUUUUGGGGGGUCACUAAGAUUUGAGUGGGUUAUGAAGACAGGAGCGCAGGCGACUAUAUUCUGGAUUUAUUAAAGUGUGUUGGUCAGGAUGGCUGUGGUGGAGAUGAGCGAAGCUCUUAGAUUGGAGGCAUUACAGGGACAGAGCACUGAUGCUCUACAACCUGUUUCCAGAAUGGUGCGGUUGUUCAUCAGCUCCACACACUCAGGUACGGCUUGCACUGCUUGUUUUAGUCCCCUUAACUGUUUUUUGCAUGCAUAUAUAUGAGUUGUAUAGACUUAUUGAUGAAUUAAUAAACCUCACAUCUUAUCCGCACAUAAUGUUUUUAUAUAUAUAUAUAUAUAUAUAUAUGUGUGUGUGUGUGUGUGUGUGUGUGUGUGGUAAUUAUAUCUAGGCUGCAGUAUUUCUACAUUUAAGUUUUGUGAGUUAAGGAAAAGUUUGUUUUUGUAGUAAUACUGAAAUAGAAUAAUCCUGAUCAAGCAAGAUUGUAUUUUUGAAUAAUGAUGCAAAACCGUACAAAUGACUGUUGUACCAGGCAAUCGGUAUCCUACAUAAUGCUACUGUUUUUAAAAAAAAUCAUAUUAAUAGUGUAAUAACUGUGUAAUAAGCGAGAUGACAUACAAUAUUAAAUGGCACAAAAUAAACUUCUUCAGGACCUGACAUUAUUAAACUACAUUUUAUUUGACAGACAUGAAAAAUGAGAGAAAUGCAUUCUGGGAGAAGGCCUAUUCUGAGUUGCAGGCCCACUGCCAAAGUUUGGGUCUUGUCUUUGAGUUAGUGGAUCUCAGAUGCGGAGUGCGUGACCUUAUCGCAGCGGAUCAUUUGACAACGGAACUGUGCAUUAAAGAAAUUGAAACCUGUCAGAGAAUAUCAGAUGGACCGACUUUUAUUGCUCUGCUCGGUAAUCAGUACGGCCAUCGCCCCAUCCCACACCUUAUACCAGAAACGGAGUUCAAGUCGCUGGUAUCAAAACUUUCCAAAGAUUCAGAGAGUUUAAUGCUCCUUAACCAAUGGUUCUCCAAAGACAGUAACUCAGUCCCACCCACAUAUAUCCUCCAGCCAAUCACAGCUCACUAUCCUCAUUACAAUGACAGGAGUUCCGAGAGCGGACAGUUGCGUGAUAAUGAUGUCAUAUCCUGGAAUCUGACAGAGUCACGACUGCUGCAGGCUCUCCGCACUGCUGCCCAACAGGCUGAGAGAGAUGGGGAUAUAAGUGUUGACCAAAAGCACAAGUUUUUCAAAUCUGGUGAGAGAUUAUGAAACUUUCCAUGAAUAUGGUGCAGAAU